UUACAAAAAUUAUUAGUUUAAUGGAGAAAAAGCGCAAAGUUGCGGGGAAAAAACUGCCCAUCAAACCUACACAAUAAUCCUCCUGUCUCAACUCUUAAACCGUGAUAGUCCAAAAUAACGGACCAUACGAAUUGAUCAACGUCUGUGAUGAACUGAGCAUUUAUAUAAAUAGUCAUUAGUGCAUUUAAUCACUAUCAAUUCAGAUUUUAGUGGGCAUAUCUCCGCCGUUAAUCUAGCACAGUAUUGGAAUAGAAACACCAAAGCCAGUGACUCUCUCUCAAAGAUCAAAUCAAUCACUCGCUCUACACUUGGAAGAAAGCAAGUCGCAAUAGUAGUGAACAGCCCAAAAGCAAUGCUGUCUCCAACUCCACUCUCUCUUUUUUGUGCUUUACUCCUCUGCUUGCCUUUAGCCAUUGUCUUCACCGUCACCACCCCUACCUCCAUCGCUACUACCACCGGCCGCGGCACAGCCACCAACUCCACUUCGAGGGACACCCAUUAUAUUCAAGUACCCAAAAUUCAAGCAAAUCCCAAAAAUCAAAAAAUUAUAGCCAAAAUCAAAAUUACACCCCUUGGUUCACCACCACCGCCGCCAUCAAAAGAAGACGAUGAGACAAUCCUUCAACUUGCAUCCCGGCUUAACCCGACUUCGAGACGACCCAGAAAGUUAGCAUUUAUGUUCUUAACUACGACUCCUCUACCUUUUGCUCCACUUUGGGAACUCUACUUCAACCAAACCCCCAAAACCCUCUUUAACGUCUACGUCCACGCAGACCCAAGUAAAAACUAUACCCCUCCGUUCACCGGCGUGUUCGCUCACCGACUCGUUCCUUCCAAACCCUCUAAACGCUUCACUCCCACUCUCGCCUCCGCUGCGCGUCGAUUACUCGCACACGCGCUUCUUGACGACCCCUCGAAUGCUAUGUUUGCGCUCCUGUCCCCGUCGUGCAUUCCGAUUCAUUCAUUCAACUUCACUUACAGAACGUUAAUGAAGUCAAAGAAGAGCUUUAUCGAGAUUUUGAAGAACGAGACGAACGCGUACGGUAGAUGGGCGGCGCGUGGAGAUGACACGAUGCUUCCGGAAGUGACGUUGGAGGAAUUCCGAAUCGGGUCUCAGUUCUGGGUCCUGACUCGUAAGCACGCGAGGAUUGUCCUUGGCGAUAAGAGGAUUUGGCGCAAGUUUAAUCAACCUUGUCUGGAUAUUCACUGUUGUUAUCCGGAAGAAAAUUACUUUCCGACACUCAUUCACAUGCGCGAUCCACGGGGGAUCGUGCCGGCUACCCUCACGCACGUGGACUGGCGAGGGAGACGAGACGGGCACCCUCGGAUGUAUAAUGCAUCAGAGGUUGAGCCUGGUUUGAUCAUGUCGUUCAGGAAGGAGAGGCCGAGGUACGGUGAUGAUGGAACGAACGGCUCUGAUUCGUCCGUGACGCGACGGAGCCAUCCUUUCCUGUUUGCGAGAAAGUUCUCCCCGAACUCCGUUCUGCCCCUGUUAAAUAUAGCAAACGUCAUAUUUAAGGAUUAUUUUUCUUGAGUGGCAAUGCUGUAAAUUUCGCGGUGUUUAACGUACAUAGUUGUAAAAGAACCAAAGGCUUGGGAAAGAACCCGUGCUUUUGCCUUAUGUUAUCUUAAUGAAAGAUUCGCCCAGGACUCU